UUGGCUCGGGAGCGCGCUCCAGGGACGCGCAGAGCGUCCUUGUGGUUUUCAUGGCAACGGGGGACAUCAACAGGGUGUCCGACAGCGACUGGACCCCUCCGGGUUUCACCGUCCCCUUCUCUCGGAGCGUUGCGGGGCUUUAAAUGUCUGCUCGGCGGAUCUCCUGCCGGUAAUCUGUCACACAGCAGAACAAGCCUGGAUCUUGCCGCCCUGAGAGAGAUGGAGAACAGCUCUCACACGCCGCCAUCUCUCUCCUCCACUCUCGGCGGCUCUCUGCCCCUCAUCUCCUCCCCACAGCUGACCUCGUCCAACCUUUCCCUCCCGCUUUCACCUAUCUCGUUCCCGCCGUCCCCCGCCUCGCUUUCUCCAGCAACGGUGGAGUUUGCACACUCCUCCUCCCCUGUUUCGGACUUCGCCGCCUCUCACUGCCUCGAAGGACAAAGCACGCAGCGCCUGGGACAGGUGGACACAUCCGACCAGGAUGACCUGACUUGCCUAAGCUGGCUGCACCAGAGAGGCGACCUGCUGCCUCUGCAGCCUCUUGCCAAAAUGACGUUGCUGCCCCAGCAGCAGGUCUGCACGCCUGGCCACCUUCCUCCUCCUCCUCCUUCUGUCUCCUCCAAGCCGCCGUACUCCUUUAGCAGUCUUAUCUUCAUGGCGAUAGAAGAUUCUCCUCAGAAGAGGCUCCCGGUGAAGGACAUCUAUGAAUGGAUCGUGAGCAAUUUCCCCUACUACAGGACGGCCACUGGAGGUUGGAGGAACUCAGUCAGACACAACCUGUCGCUGAGCAAGAGCUUCCGUCGCAUUCAGAGGGACAAGAGCCAGUCAGUAGGGAAGGGGUCGCUGUGGUGUGUGUGUCCAGAGUACCGGCCGGCGCUGCUGGAGGUUCUGAGGAAGACCCACAGUUAUCACAGCACCAGCACCAAUCUGAUCAACAAGCCCACACUGUUAGAUGGGCCCAGCCUCGAGGUGCCAGCAGUGUGUGACACAGUGGAAAUCUCAGACACUCUCUCUCACGCCCUGCUCCUCUCGAGUUCCUCUCCUGACAUCCACACGACUUUCUCCGAAGACAUGCUAUGCCCUGUGACCCCAGACCACGAGGAGCUGAUCGCCAUGGAGUCGACCGAAUACCAGCCGAGCGACGACGCGGAGAAGGACCCGCUGUCCGACAGCGGCUACAUCGAGCUGCACUACUACGAGUCCGACCAGUGCCAGUACCUGGUGCUGCCGGGCGAGUCCGACCUGGACCUUGAGACUGUGGAGAUCCUGCAGCUGGACGUGGAGGCCCAGGAGGCGGCCGGGUCCCUGCUGGACCUGGCAGGUGGUGGAUAUUAGCUCGCGUCACAUUUAAGGGGAACGUUUCAGCUAAUAACAGAUCUACAAAGGUUUAAAUCCACAGUGUUUCCUCCUGAGGCGUCGACAAGUCCCUGUAAGUUGUAUUAUCAGACUGGGCAUCCACAUGUAUUCAGGCACGCUGGACGCCCAAGCUGACCUCAUCGUUAGAUCAUACCUAAAAAAAAAGAUCAGAACAAACAUUUUUAAAACCAAAAGUGUUAAAAGAUCAUUUUUACAGUAUUUUGCUGUAAUUUUUUUGACAGAUUAAGGUCAACCUCAGGGGUGGAAAGAGCGCUUCCAAACCGCGGCGGCUUACUGUUGCGUCUUAGUUAUGGUUUCUUAUAAUCAAACCCGGAACUUUAAACAAAUAAAUCCACAAAAAGAAAGGAUCAAGGCUUACUUGCAUAAAUACAUUUUCAAAUAUUAUACAGCUAUAUUUUAAUAAAUUAAUAAUUUUUCUGUAGCCAGUUCUGAAAUGUGUUUAAAAAAUUUCAGGAAUAAAGUAUAUUUAAUUUAUUAUGGUAUUAGAAUCAUAAAUGUAUCCAGGAAGUAGGGAGGAGCGACAGAGGAACAACAGUACGAUUGUUAGUAGUAAUAUUUAUUUCCAUUAAUCUCCAUUAAUUUUUUUUCUCUUUUAACUACUAACACAUUUAAGUUAUUAUGUUAGCUAGAAUCGAUUCAAUGUUUAUGAUGUCAUGUAAAUUUUUAAAUCCCAGACUACUUUGUUCGUGCUCAUUUUAAGACUUUUAACCUAAAUUGCCUUUAAUCAAUGUUAGUUUCUUUGUAAGUUUAAUCCUAC